GAGGCGGAGGACGGAGAGGGGACGACAGAGAGACAGGGAGAACGGUCGUCGGACAACAUAAAAAAAGCCCGGGCCGGCAGCCGCGCGGCGGGCCCCCUCCGCUCUGUACAAGGGGGCCCAGCCGGGGGCGGGGGGGGGCCCAAAAUCGCGCGGCGGCUGGUCGGCGUCGGCGUGCCCCCAUCACCCCAUCACA